AUGCCAGCUGAUAGUAUGAAAACAGGUAGUAGUGCUUCAACAAUAUGGCGAGUUGCGAUUAAUGCACCAGAACGUCGUCUCUUGGUUGCUGCUGGUACAGAAAUGGAAAUGAAUGAUUGGGUUGAUAAACUCGUCAUGGCUUUUCGUAUUAAUUCAGGUCAACCACCAUUACAACGUGCUUCUAUGCCUGCUUCAUCGUUAAUGAUGAAUACUAGUGGGAGUAGUAGUCUGACGAUUGGUCAUAGUGUCAAUAGUAAUCCAAAUAUUCGAGAUUUUCAAAACUUUUCCGUCCCACGACGUGGAAUGAAUCAACGUCAUAGUACUGGAGGACACGGUGAAAUGCGUGUAUCAAUGGCACAUCAAGGAAUCUAUGAUGGACAGAUUGAGAGUAUGAAGAAACAAGAGUUGGAAGAACAAGAUCAAGUAGAAGAAGAAGAGGAGAAGCGACUUGCGGGAGAGUUGAGACACGAACAGCAGCUGUGGAAAGAUCAAGAGGAACGACAUGUAGCUGAACAGGAGGCUGAAAUGCGCCGACAAUUGGCAGCUCAACAACAGAAAGAACAAGAAGAAGAAAGGGCGAUGCGAGAAAGACAAGAAGCUGCUGCAUUUGCGGCGGCUGAGAAGUUGCAGCGUGAGGAAGAGCAAGAAAAGAUGGCCCAGAUGAAGCGCAAAUUACAGCAUGAGAAGGAUAUAAAGAUGCAGCAGGCAGUGGCAUUGCAACGGGCUCGUGAGGAGGAAGCUGCACGGAUUCAACAUGAACAGGAGCAGGAGAUGAUUCGAGCCAAGCAACUAGCGGACGAGAUGGCGAUGCAGCAGACGCUACAACUUCAGUCUGGUGGAGAUAUGCUUGAGCUACAGCGUCAUCAGAAACGAGAAAAGCACGCGCGUCAACGCAUGGAGCGUAAGGAGGCAAUUAAGCUAAAGCUGCAGCAGGAAAAGGAGGAGGAGGACAUUGCGUUUCGUAUGACGCCACACGACGUCUCACGUCUCAAUGUGGACGAUAAAUUGGACAACAAUGACAAUGAGCCAGAGCGUUCGUCGAUGCCUCGUGUUAGUGGCGGGGGUCUACCUAUUGAGGAUGCAGUACAUCCGGCACCUUCCACUACACCACGCUCGUCGCUUGUUGGCAACGUGAAACGCGAGAUGAUUCAAAAGCAGCAGAUAGAGCGUCAACGGCGUCGCGAAGCUGCACUUCAGAGGCAGCAGCACCAGCAGACGCGAGGUGUUGAAAAACGUCAGCAGCAUGUUGAAAUGGAGCAGCAAUGCGCCAAGAUGGAGACCUUGCACGUGCAUGAAGCUUUCCAUGAAGUUGAAGUGGCACCUCGUGAGAUUGAAGUUGUGCGACGAGCACCAGUGAAGAAACCAGCACCUGCAACUGCUCCCAUGGAGAGUUUUGAGUUUUAA